UGUACCGAAUCGGGGUUUCAUCGCAAUCCAAUAAAAAUGAAGAUGCAGGAAAAUUUGGGAUGGAUGUACAACAAGCCCACUGUGGAGCGGGAUGAGUACCUGAUGGGGAGGAAAGUCGAUAGAGCAUUUGAACAACUAGAAGGACAGCACCAAGAGGAAAGCAUAUUAGACAAGCCAGGAGCCAAAUUUGGGCAUAACCAUGGUUCCUCAACUAUAGAUAGUGAAAGCAAAAUUAGAGAGGAUCCAUUGCUUGCUAUAAGGAUGAAAGAAGAAGAGAAAAAAAGAGAAAUUUUUAAUAAUCCUGUAAAGAUGAAGCAGCUUCAAAAAAUGGCAGAAGAACGGCAAAAAAGCAAGAAGAAUAAAAAAGGAAAGAAGCACAAAAAACACGGAUUGUCAGACGAAGAAGAUAUUGAUGCAAAACUCAUCACCUUAUUAAAGAUGAAAAAGAAGCUCAAGGCUUCUCUUGCUAUUUCCAGUGGCUCUGAUAGUGAUAACCAGGAAUCACGGCACAAAACCAGGACUGACCCUCAGCUUGACACAGAGCGUAGGUAUAAAGAUCACUCGAGCAAGCGUAGGCACAGGCACGACAGCAGCAGCGAAUCUGACAGCUCUAGCGAACAUCCGAGAAAGGAACGCUCGGCUGCAAUUGUGAGGCAUAGACAGAAGCGGUCGGAAAGAAGAGAAAGAAGAGAUUGUGGAAGUAAGUCUGAGCAUAGUCAUCGGUCAGUAAGUAGGGAACGCCUUCUCGAACAUCAAACAUCCUGUAAAGAUCCAACAAAGGAAGAUGAGAAUACAAAGAUGCGCCACACAUUAGUAGAUAAACAUGGGCAAAAACACCUUUUGUUAGAAGACGGCAUUAGGGAAAGGGAAGAGUAUUCUAUAAGAAAUUCAAAGAAGAGGCAACACUCUCAUGCAAAAGAUGCCGAUAAAAGACAUAGGCACUCUUCAGAUGAUGAAGUCAAGAGAAAGGACUGUUCUUCAGAAGAGAAGAAAAAGAGAAGACAUAAAUCGUCAAAAAAGGAAGCCAGGAGAAAACGCCACUCUUCAGAAGGGGAUGAUAGGAAGUCACAAUACAAAGAGGAAUAUCCAGCCACAGUGAAUCAUCCAACAAAUACAGAGGAAGAGGUCGACAGUUCUCGUAAGAUUCAAGACAUGUACAGGGAGCAGGAGGAGGAAGGUGGUGAUAAACGAGUUGCAUAUGGACUUAUUGUGAGGAAUGCAAAGGAUAAGGAUGGUAGCACAAGCAAGUCUAAUUCUCCUAGGUUAAGGGCCAAGAGCAAAACGCCACCGAAAAUAGAGGAAAAGUACAUAAAACCUAAACCAAAAAGGAAGCUAACAGAGAAGGAACUAGAAGAGAAGAUGUUAGAGAUGAUGGACAAUGCAAAGUGGAGAGAGGAGCAAAGGAGGAGAAAAGUAGAUGAGUACAGCAAAGAUGAGAGCAAAGAGGAGGCUGAUCAUGGAAAGCAUGGGGCAAAGUUUAUUGCGCCGAUGGUGGCACAGGCUGCUGGCAAAGGUUCUGUGGAAGACAGGAUAAAGAGAAACAUCUACAAGGUGCAAAGAAGCAGUGCAGCACAUCAUCAGCACUUUCUAAAGAAGUAGCCAAGCUGCAGCUAUGGUGGCACCAUCAUCAUGAUCAUGUCAGGUUCACAUUGUCAACAGUAAUUGAAACUAAUUUCAAUGGGGAGUAAAUGUUGUGAAAUCAAAUGGAAAGUACUAGUGUUGCAAUAUGAAAAGAUUACAAGGGAAUUUUUGGUUUUAUUAAAAACCCACUAGUGUCGAAUUACCGGUCCUGUACAUUUUACUGUGUAAGUAAAAACUGCAUAUUUUUUGACAUUUUUUUUACUUGAUUAAGGUUCUGUCGUGUUAGUUUUAUAAUAAAUACUGCAAAAAAUACAGAGUAUUGUUAAUACUGCAAA